UGUCAUCUCGUGUCGCGUUUACAUGUUGAUGAUCUAUGGUGCGAUAAAGGUUGAGAUUAGAGAUCCGAGUCGCGCAAAACUGCGCGAGAAGAGUGAUGCGCAAAAAGUGUAAUCGAUGUGAUGUUUCGCUGUAACGAGGUGGGUGAUGAUGCUAACGGUGGAUUUUAUAUCGCCGAUUAAUUUACGUGGUCUUCCGGAUUCCGAAAGUCGCUGUCAUGAUAUCGAGGACAUCGCGAUAGAGAAUGCCGAUACAGGCACCACAGUGGACUGAAUUCCUGUCAUGUCCAAUUUGCUGUCAUGACUUUGAUGCAGCCAUACGAGGCCCUAUAUCGCUCGGUUGCGGCCAUACAAUAUGUCGCGCCUGUCUCGCCAAUCUGCAUCGCAAGCAGUGUCCUUUCGAUCAGAGCAUCAUCAACACCGAUGUGGAGAGAUUACCGGUAAAUGAAGCACUGUUGCAAUUGCUAGGCAAUCCAAUUUCAACUGUCGUCUCAUCAACAUCUGUGUCAAAUCAGCAACAAAAUUAUCAGAAGUUGCUACCAGUUGACCAACAUGCUAACUAUCUGCGGGCCAAGAGUUGUAUUGAGGAACUCGCGCUUUAUCUCAAACCAUGUCAGACGACUAACACUGCAGGUAUCGGAGGCGGGGGCGGAGGGUUAGUGUCCCGACCCAUGCAACGUAAACUGGUGACACUGUUAGGCUGUCAAUUAGUGGAACCAGAGGGUAGAGCGCGCGCCCUGCGUGCCGCUCGUAGUCUCGGCGAGCGCACCGUUACCGAACUCAUACUGCAACAUCAAAACCCUCAACAGCUCAGUGCCAAUCUCUGGGCAGCUGUACGUGCUCGCGGUUGCCAAUUUCUCGGGCCAGCGAUGCAAGAAGAAGUAUUGAAACUUGUGCUGUUGGCAUUAGAGGAUGGUUCAGCAUUAUCGCGCAAAGUAUUGGUGAUGUUUGUGGUACAACGUUUGGAGCCACACUUUCCACAAGCCAGCAAGACUAGCAUUGGUCAUGUAGUGCAACUUUUGUAUCGCGCGAGUUGUUUCAAGGUAUCGAAACGCGAAGGCGAUUCGUCGUUGAUGCAGCUAAAGGAAGAGUUUCGCACUUAUGAGGCUUUGAGACGCGAGCAUGAUGCGCAAAUCGUACAGAUUGCCACGGAAGCGGGACUGCGCAUUGCGCCCGACCAAUGGUCGGCUCUACUCUAUGGCGAUACCGCACACAAGUCUCAUAUGCAAAGUAUCAUUGACAAAUUGCAGACACCACAGUCAUUUGCCCAAAGUGUUCAGGAACUUGUGAUAGCAUUACAGCGUACUCCAGAUCCUGGGCAAUUGAGUGGUCUCAGGCCACAAUUGGAAUUAUUGGCCGCCAUAGAUCCCAGUCCAGAGACGGAACCACCAAGCUUGACUGAAUGUCGAGCAGCUUUAGAGGCCGUAAGAAUAGUUGUGGCUGCGUUGGUGGAUUUUGUGCGACAACACGGAGGCGGCAAUACCAGCGGUGGAAAUCGAAAAUCAGCGGCACAAGACAGUGGAGGUGGCGGAUCUGGCGGAGGUCCGUGCCCGGGUCCGACAACUGGCAAGUAUAAAGUCAGCAUGUGCAGAGAUCUGGCUCUUCGCGGCACUUGUCCGCGAUCUAACAAUUGCACCUUCGCCCACAGCGACACCGAGCUUGAUAAAUACAGAUCGAAGAAUCGCAAAUUGAGUGUUAGAACGACUUCAAAUCAGAUUGAAUCAAAGGGUGAGAAGAAUAACAAGACCUUUAAUAAACAGAAUGGCGAUUUAACAGCUUAUCAUUCUGCCAAAACACAUGAUAGAGAAACGGCCGUACAGCAUCCGAUGCCCAUUCCGACCAAUCUAGAAACUAACUUGAUCGAUUCAUUGACAUCAACUUACAUGCUGCCGUCUGCAUCCCCGCAAAACUUACCGCAUCUUGGUCUGUGCUCUGUGAAGGGAGGAGCUAUGGUAGAUGGCGGAGGAUCUGCUGUCCACUGCUCAGGACAUUACAUAAUGUCGCCAGGAUCCGUUGCCCCUGUUGAUUAUGGGUCUUCUCCAACGACCACGACAAAUCUCGGAAUGUGGGACACUCCGCAAAUCGUACCAGCAAAUCAUGUAACAAACGACAAAAAACAACGAACGGCAAAAACUAUGUUGGCAAUGUUACUGCAACGUAGAAUGGAGAUUCUGAAUCAAUUGGAAACAAUUAUUGGCAAACAGCAGCAGCAACAGCAGCAACUAAUUUCCCCGCAAAUGAAAACGAAUUAUGAUCUUCGACAGGAAGGCGACUUGUUGACUACAUCUAAUAAUUUCUCAAUAUGGGCUGCUGCAAAUAACUUUCGCUGUCCUUCUGGAACAGAAUCACCACCCGCGGUUUCGCAUCUGUUCGACGAUGAUGCGCCCUUUGUGCCCUUAUUGGACAUGCCUCCUGCAGCCUCUUUGUCACCAGUCAACAAACAGGGAUCCAUCUCGAGAUUGUCCAAAACCCUGAUAAGAUCUCCCUGCAAUGGACCUCUGCAACACUUUGCAAGUUUCUACAACGAAGGGAUUGGACCCACCUCUGCGCAAUCCACUGCAUAUAGGAGUCCAAACUCUGUAACCUCUUUGUAUUAUGGAAAUCAACCAUACGUGACAAUUGGCGCGAAUGGUGGUAUACAAUCCAUGACGUCGACAACCCCCAGUGACGGUAGUGGCGGUGGCGGUAGUAGUUUCGUGAACGAGAAUUAUAUUACUCUUGGCCGUAAUAUCGUUGCUCCAGAAUCGCUACCGCAAUUUUCGAGAUCGGAAUAUAUGUCGAGUAAAGACUUGAUUCUUGAAUCGCAAAAGGUAAAACAGCAACUUAGACAUCUCGAGAAAAAACUCAAUGACUUAAAGUUAGCGACACAAGGAGCCACUACUUUUUUCACGGCGGGCGAACGGCUGGCACAAGAAUUGCAGAUGAUUGAAGCAGGUAUCAGGGAAAGAGAAAGAGAUAUGCGAAAUUGGAGCUGUAAUCCAUAUGGUACUGGUACUGGUACCACUACGUUUCCAUGGAUCCAGCAAUCCUCUAAUGAUUGGUUGUCAAAUCAGGAAUACAAUCAGGAUUAUAAAAUUGAGGAAGAGGAUACGUAUGAAGCGGGAAUCGCGAACGAUAUGCGGGAACUGGAAUUGCGAUGGGAAUUCGAAUUGCGAGAGCAGGAGAAGCAUUGGUCCAGUGGAGGUGAGGAGGAUAUUAUUACCACCACUACAACCACUACCACCACUACCACCACUUCCAAGAAUAAAUAAUAUUUAUUUAUUCUACUCUAUAACAUUAUAUAAUCUCCUCUCCAUUUUCCUAUUGACACUAUUUUUUCUUCAUCUCUUUGAAAACAUGUAUUUUUGCAUGUCGAAAUCGAUCUCCUUUUGUAUUUCUGUAAACUAAUAUCUAUAGAAAGUAAGAAUUUCUUCAAUUCGUGAAGAAAUAUAUAAAGUACACGCAGACCUGCGAAUCUUUGAAACAUCUUUGACUAUUUUUAUUUUAAUUAA